AUGUCAUCGGUUGCACCAUCCGAAGAGAGUAGAUUGAUAAUUGACCAAAAUGCUUACCAACUAGACUCGAGCAGCACAGGAAUAGAUACUGCCACCUCGCCAGAGUACUACAAUGCAGACUCUGAGUUGGUGUAUCGUCGUCACGCCAAACAAACAGAGGAUCUACGUAACCUUCUCACUCAGACAAAGAAGCACGAAGACGAGAUCAAGGGUCUCAAGAACAAGCGUGAACGUGGUUUCUAUAUCAAGCAGAAUGAGUUGAUCGACCAAUUCUUGGCACCUCUCAAAGAGGGUGGCGAUAGCGAUGAAGACGACGAGAAUGACUUCAAGGUAAAGGUUGCCAUCAACGGUAGUUUACUCGUAAAUAUCGUUUUGUUCACAUUGCAAAUCACAGCGGCAAUCAUCACAGGUUCACUCUCGCUCGUUUCCACCUCGAUCGAUGCAUUCAUGGAUUUGCUCAGUGGUUUCAUUCUCUUCAUGACUGCACGUGCCCGUAAGAAGCGUAACUACUUUGAAUACCCAACCGGAAAAUCUCGUAUGGAGCCGGUCGGUAUCAUUAUUUUCGCUGCACUCAUGUCGACCGUCUCUAUCAAUUUGAUUAUCGAAGGUUCGACCUCGCUCAUCAAGCAGAACGACAAGGAACUCUCACUCGGUAUCAUCCCAAUUGCUUUCGUUGGACUCUCCAUCGUCUGCAAGAUCGUCAUGUAUCUCUACUGUCGUGUAUUGACACACUCGUCGUCGGCAAUGAUUCUCGCUACCGACCAUCGUAACGAUAUCACCGUCAAUUCAUUCGGAAUUGGUAUGGCUAUUCUCGGUACCUACGUCAAGUGGUGGCUCGACCCAGUCGGUGCUUUGAUUGUCGCCCUCAUCAUUUUGCGUUCCUGGACAUCGGAGGCCUACGAACAGAUCGAGUUGCUCGUCGGAAAGUCUGCUUCACCAGAGUUCCUCCAGCGUCUUACCUACAUCGCCGUCUCGCACAGCCCAGAGAUUCUCAAGGUCGACACAUGUCGUGCAUUCCACGUCGGUAACAACCUCUUUGUCGAAGUCGACAUUGUUUUGCCAGAGAACAUGCCACUGAUCAGAACUCACGACAUCGGAGAAUCUCUCCAAAUCAAGCUCGAGUCUCUUCCAGAGGUUGAGAGAGCAUUUGUACAUGUUGAUUACGAAUUCAGACACAAACCAGAACACAAGAGAAUUAAUUAA